AUGGCAAUCUCAUCUCAGCCGUUGACCCGGGAGACCGCCAAUCCCAAUGCUGCGACCGCAGCCGCCUCGGCGUUUUUGCGACGGGAAACAACGCCAUCUCUUUCGUCAGCGGCAGCCGCAGCCGCUCUGAAAGCUCGACCUACCACGCCUACCAAUGUAUCUCAGGUUCAAUCGAAGCGAGUUGCGCGCAGGAGUGCAUCUGUGUCGUCUACUGGAAGUCGGGACAGGAGGAGUCGGGAGCUCCAUCGAUCACCGAGUGCAAAUUCUAUGACAGAAAGGACCUUCCGUUCACCUUCGCCAUCACCGGCGAGGAACCCUGUUCCGCAACCCCAGGAUAUUCCUCCCGUGCCCAAGAUUCCUCAGAACGACCAAAGUAAACCUGACGGAAAAGUUUCAGCUCAUAAGAGGGCAACAAGUCUACAAACUCAGUCUUUCCAAACGGCGAGCCAAAAGAUGAAAAAUGGACAAGGGUCAUGGUUCGGCGCAGCUACAGCUGGAGACUUGUCUAAUAUGCGACGAGCCACUGUAGCUGAUAAAAGAAAUUCGGCAGACUUGCGUCCAAGUAGCCCAAGUUCUAUCAAUUUCUCGUAUCCCCGUUCCAUGACUGAUUCAUCGGAUACGGCAAGCGAUGCGAUGGUAUACGAUCCAAACUCGAGACGGAUGGUUCCCCAAGCACAGCUUCUGAUGCAAAAGCAAAGCGUUCGGGACGCAUCCGAAAAGCCUGUCCGCAAGCACAAGCAUGAAGUCUCCAGGAGUGGUAGCCAUCUUUCUAAGGGAACAGUAGGGCGAUUGAAGGGUACGGCUGUCGAACCGGGCUCUCCACCAUCCAGAUCGACACAAAGCUCACCAGCUGCCCAUGCGGCAGUUACACGGCCUCAUGCCCAGGUCAGCCAGACCAAACCAGAGCCGUAUUCUGAGAUAGAAUCUGAUCUUGAGUCUGAAUCUGGUGUUGAACGUGGUGCAAAGCCCGAGACAAAGGUUAACUUGCCCGAGGAGCCAAGAAUGGAUGAGUCUGACCUGGAAUCGGAAGCCGGAACCUCCAGGCCAAAAGAGGAUACUGUUACGAAUCCACCUCAAACUGUCAGGUCUGAAUCAUUCAUUAGGAAGCGUCCGUCUGUUGUGCAUGAAGACCCUGAGUUGGAAGAAGAGAGUCAGCCAGUCGAAGCAACCAUCUCCAGAGAGCACCCAAUGGAUGGAGUAGAUGCAAUCCCUGUGAAAUCUACCUCUCCCCAUCAACAAACGCAGGCUUCGACCCCAAUAGACCACCAGAGCGACAGCAUGCGUCGAACUCGUGUGCAUUCUGAAAGUCCUGCUCGCAGCCCUGCUCGAACAACACAUUUUGCGCCAAAGACGGAUCAACUACUGGUCAGACACGAGCCGCCUCCACGGUCGUUGUCACCCCGAAAGUCUGCACUCAAGUAUUCUAGUCCUCGCGAUGUCUCUCCAUCAGAGGACGGCUCAGACGCCUCCGCCGCUUGGUCAGGCAUGGCCCGAGAAGAUUCAGAUAUUACACGAAAGAAAAGUGUGCGCGUCAGCUUUGAUGAUGGGAACACAGCAAUCAUGGGUGAGCCUGUGCCGGCAUCUGAUUCAGAUACAUCGCAAUUAUCCAGCCCCCAGUCAAGGAAGUCCUGGCAUAGCAUCAUCGGACGGAACAAGAGAGACUCGAUAACCCUGGACGAAGAGGAAACGAUGACACCGCGCCCCGCCCUUCCCUCUUUUGGAAGUAUUCGUGAGAAGAAGACCAGAGAACCCGAGGAACGACCACUGGUGCGGCCCAUGGAAAGAUCAGCAUCACCCCCAGUCUCUUCAAGCUCAAACCCUACGGAUGUUGACAAUCAAUCCCCUUCUGAUUUGGCUCAGUCUAGUGAUCAAGCUAUCGGAUCCGUGUUGUCACAAGAACAAGCCUCUCGCAAUGAGGCCAACACUUCUAGAUACCGAGAGCCACUACCUCCUGUGGUCACAUCUGUUGACAGCCAAGGGUAUAUCAGUAACAGUGACAUGGAAUCUGAUAUUGAAUCUGAUAUCAGCAAUCCUGGAACCCAGGCAUCCAUAGAGCCUGUAGCUGAAACCCAAACCACAGUCAACGACCAAGCCAGUCUGCCUGAUGGCAAUUCAGAAAAGUCUAGUCCCAGCGAUAAUAUACCGACGAUUUCAAUAAUACAUCCUAGUCCGCGGAUGCCCGACGAGAGCCAAGCGGAGUCGCCCUCGGACUUCUUCGAUGUCCCUGGAGGGUUUUCCGCAGGCACAGGCGCCGACACUGACAGGAAGGGAAUAUCGGACGACAGCAAGGAGUCAACACCGAUUACUACCCGCCGAUCUUUCGAUUCAACUGGUGCGGUAUCUUCAAGUUCUCAGAUGCAUGACAUUCAAGAAGAAUCUGAGGAAUCAGAUGGAAGCAGCAUUUACAGUGAUGCUUAUGAGGACCUGUCCGAUAUGGAGGGCGAUGGGUUUUUAUCACUAGAUGCGGUCGUUGACAGCCCUGUCGAGCCCGCAGUCCCUCAAAAGGUUUUGGAGAAGGCUAUGGCCAAAUCUAGAGAGGCCGAUGCAUCCCAGCAAUCCUCGCCGGCAAAGAGUAUCCCGCCAAAGCCUCUACAAACACCUAACGACUGGGAGACUGCGAAGGCGUAUUGGAGGAGCUUAAGUCCAGAAGGUAGGCGUCAGCUUGAAAAGGAGGCCAUGGAGGAUUCGGACGAGGAACCCAUUCCAGAACAAGCAGUACGUCGACCAAAGCACAGGACAAAGACUCAACCAAAGGAAAAGACUGUUCAAGAGGCUGUUCAAGAGCCAUUGGAAGAUAAUGAAAUGUCUAUUUCGGAAAAGCUUCGCGACCCCAACCGAGUGUAUCAAAUCCAACCGGGUACGAGCUGGCCCCGUCGUGAUGAUGAGAAGCUUCGGGCGCAAGCUUCUACUUCAGAUAAGACGAAGUCAGUUGCGGGUGGUAAGCUCCGAAAGUCUAUGCGAGGCGCCGCGGCUCCCGCACCCGAACAUUCAGAGCCAGCUCAAAAUGGAAGCAGCAUGCGAAAGUCUAUGAGAUCCGGUGCUUCCCCGUCGACUCCGCAGGAUUCAAACGGAGGCCAUCUACGCAAAUCUCUUCGCCAAGAGCCUGCAAAUACCGCUACUCAAGACACUGGGAUGCGUAAGUCGCUCAGAGCGAACGGGUCCACAGCCAAUGGCACCAAUAUGGCUUCAACUCUGAGAAACGGAGCCCGGCCGACAUCUUACCAACCUGCAACCACUUCUGAACCAGUUAAAACACAACGUCGGACACAUUCUGAAGACAGAGGUCCUACUAUGCGAAACGCUACGAAGCCAACUCUGGCACGCCGAGGAUCCGACUCCAGUGAAAGCAGUUUCCGUCGCGCAAAGGCUGGAGGUGGAGAAGGGCUUGGUUUCCGUAGGACGAUGAGAGGCAGUACACAAGAACCGGCAGCAACGGCAGCAGCGUCGCCUCAAGAAAGUGCUCGGGCAAAUAGCCGGUUCAGCUUGCGAUCUCUGUCGCCUACAGGAUUUAGACGCAACUCUAACACAAGCUCGCCUCCUCCUGUUGCGAUGGGUAGUCGUAUGCGUCAAUCGCUGCGUUCCGAACCAAGUGAAAACGGGUCUUCUCGCAUGCGUGUCUCUGGCUUUGGCCGCCCGGCUAAAGCUAAGAAGUCAAAAAGCGGCAGUCGAUUUGACGAUUCGAGCGACGAAGAUGAGUCUCGUCCAGCUUUCCGCAGUCGAUUUGUUGAUUCCAGUGACGAUGACACUCCUUCACCCCUACCAAAGCACAAACGUGUACCCAAAACAAUGCGGGCUUCGGCUUCGAACAACGCCGCGGCCGCUGCCAUGAAAGCCCCUGUUUCUCGUGCUGGCGUCGAGGACUCCCCUGAUCUUCCAGACAGCGAUGACGAGGAAAAGCAGACACAACCAAGGAUCGCUUCCAACGGUGCAGCGUCUCGAUCUACCCCCGUCCUCAAUCGAAAUGGGUCAGGACGAGGCAGCUUCGGGGUGCAGACUGACAAUGUCGAGAAAACGGAUGCCCGACCAGGUCAUAAGCGGCGAGGCAGCUUCAUGUCGUCCAUUCUGCGUCGUAAGAAGGAUCCUUCUGAUAAGAUUUCUCGCAAUACGAAUGAGAGUGCAUCACGAAGAGAUACUCAUCUAGAGCGAGCACCAGAGCGUCUUGCCGUUAUUCGGAGCAACAGUGAGGGGGCUGCUCACAACCCACGCCUGCAGAAACGUGGGACAAACUGGCCUCUUCAAGACCACGAGCAGGCUCACGAAGAGGAGGAUCACUUCGACGAUGGUUCUCAAAACACAUACGUAGUGGAUGAGGAGAAGAGGCCUUCAACUGCUGGCGGUGUCGGCCGAUCUCCUUCAUCCCCAACAACAAAGACGGGCUUCCUCAAGCGCCGCAGUACUUCUCAUAGCCAAAUCGGUUCCCAUGCUAGGUCCGAUAACGGUUCAGAAGUAGGCACGCCCAAGAAGAAGAAAUUCGGAACGCUGCGCAGAAUGUUCAAGCUUGACGAAUGA